AUUACAAUUUAAAACUAAUGGCAAUUUUUUUAACAUUGAGGCUUUUUACAAUUUCAACUCUCUCAAGUUCAGCGUGAUGAAAUGUUAACACCGAUGAGCUGUUUUUUCAGAUUUCUUACUAUUUAUGGUAAAACUUGCUCUGUCAAAGCAUUUCCUUAAUAACUUCUUUUAAAUUGUUCAAGAGAUACAAAACAAAGAUGUCAAUUCUAACCAAAAUAUCAGAAAUUGAGGCGGAGAUGGCCAGAACACAGAAGAACAAAGCAACAGCUGGCCAUCUUGGCAUGUUGAAAGCACGACUUGCCAAACUUAAAAGGGAGCUCAUCACUCCAAAGGGUGGGGCGGGUGGUGGGACUGGAGAAGGUUUUGAUGUUGCAAAGACUGGUGAUGCUAGAAUUGGUUUCGUUGGUUUUCCUUCUGUUGGAAAAUCAACUCUACUAAGUAAUAUAGCAGGGGUUUACAGUGAAGUUGCUUCUUAUGAGUUCACCACGUUAACCACUGUACCCGGCGUUAUUAAAUAUAAAGGAGCAAAAAUUCAACUUCUUGAUCUUCCUGGGAUCAUUGAGGGAGCAAAAGAUGGUAAAGGAAGAGGAAAACAAGUGAUCGCAGUUGCAAGAACCUGCAGUUUAAUAUUCAUUGUACUUGAUGUAUUAAAACCACUGGGCGAUAAACGACUUAUUGAGAAGGAACUUGAAGGAUUUGGAAUCCGGUUGAACAAGAAACCUCCAAAUAUUCACUACAAGAUGAAAGAAAAAGGAGGGAUUAACUUUCAAGCUAUGGUCCCACAAUCUGAAUUAGAUGCUGAGUUAGCAAAGAAGAUUUUAUCAGAGUAUCGGAUCCACAAUGCUGAUAUUAUAUUAAAGGAGGAUUGUGUGACUGAUGAUCUCAUUGAUGUGGUGGAGGGAAACAGAGUCUACAUCCCUUGUCUCUAUCUUCUUAAUAAAAUAGAUCAAAUUUCAAUUGAAGAGUUGGACAUUAUAUACAAAGUUCCACACUGCGUUCCAAUAUCCGCACAUCAUAAGUGGAAUUUUGACGACUUACUUGAAAGAAUGUGGGAAUACCUAAGACUUGUUCGGAUUUACACGAAACCCAAAGGGCAACUACCUGACUACGAAGCACCUGUCGUGCUCAACUCUGAUAAAUGCUCAGUGGAAGAUUUCUGCAACAAAAUCCACAGAACGUUAUUAAAACAAUUUAAACAUGCUCUGGUGUGGGGGUCUUCAGUGAAAUACAAUCCACAAAGUGUGGGCAAAGAACAUGUGCUUAUGGAUGAAGAUGUGGUGCAAAUUGUCAAAAGGGUAUGACCUUUCUCCAAGAGUUUUGAUGGUGAUUUGAUUUUCUGGGAGAUGUUUCAAAUGAUUGUUUUUGUGCUUUACAGUUUCCCAUUAUGUUCCAUGCAUGUUUUGUAUACACUACAUAACAAAGCAGGACUUGCACCUUUAUGUAAAUCAACAGGUUCAGUCUGAAACACCACUUCUAUAAUAGUACAAAUGAUAUAAUUAUAACGUGUAGGCCCACAGCGGAUAGAGCUGUUUAUACUGUAGGUGUUGCAAAUGCUCAAUCUCUGGUUAAGAAUUUAUGCAUGUUCAUAUGAAUUAGCAGGAUUGCAAGUUUUACAAUAAACGUUUCAGAUAUGGAUAAUUA